AUGUCUGUCGCACUUCAAGAUACUGAAUCGCCCCAGUCAAUGCUUCGUGGGGGAGCUGGUACUCCUUCGCCCGAACAUUCCGAGAUGUCCACAGAUAUUUCAGAAGAGGAAGAAUUCGAGCCGCCGGGUGACGAGCCCGAGUCUGAACCAGAGCCAAUCGUCAGGGUGGUUAUCCCGCGGGCACAUCAGACCACGAACCCGGUUCAGCAACGACGAGAGGCUCGAGGGAGAGCGAGACAGAAAGAUAGUGCCUUAAUAUAUUAUGUUGCGACUAUCGGCUUAUAUGAUGAAUUUAAAUAUAUCGUUAUCACCGAAAUUAUAGCACGCGUAGUCUGA